CGCGUGCGCCGUUCUGGGGCGCCGCGGACGGGCCCGGACGCUGGCGCGGCUGCCAUGGCGGCCACGUUCUUCGGCGAGGUGGUGAGGGCGCCGUGCCGCGCUGGGACCGAGGACGAGGAGGAGGAGGAGGAGGAGGAGGAGGAGGAGGAGGGGAAGAGGGAGACGGCCGAGGACAGGGAGGUCCGGCGGCAGCUGGCGCGGAAGAGGGAGGUGCGGCUCUUUCGAAGACAGACAAAAACAUCUUUGGAAGUUUCUCUGCUGGAAAAAUAUCCUUGCUCCAAAUUCAUAAUUGCUAUAGGAAAUAAUGCAGUAGCGUUUUUGUCGUCAUUUGUAAUGAAUUCAGGAGUCUGGGAAGAAGUUGGCUGUGCUAACCUCUGGAAUGAAUGGUGUAGAACAACGGACACGACACAUCUGUCCCCCGCAGAGGCCUUUUGUGUAUUUUAUCAUCUGAAAUCGAGUCCCUCGGUUGUCCUCUGUCAGUGCAGCUGCUACGUAGCUGAAGAUCAGCAGUAUCAGUGGCUGGAAAAGGUCUUUGGCUCUUGUGCAAGGAAGAAUAUGCAAGUGACGAUUCUCACAUGUCGGCAUGUUACUGACUAUAAAACUUCAGAAUCUACUAGCAGCCUUCAUUCUCCUUUCCUGAAAGCCCUGAAAACACAGAAUUUCAAAGAGCCUCCAUGCUGUUCACUGCUGGAACAACCAAAUAUCGUACACGACCUUCCUGCAGCAGUUCUGAGUUACUGUCAAGUGUGGAGGAUUCCUGCAGUUCUGUAUUUGUGUUACACUGAUGUGAUGAAGUUAGACCUAAUCACAGUUGAAGCUUUUAAGCCUAUCCUUUCUUCCAGAAGCUUGAAAGGUUUGGUUAAGAAUAUUCCUCAGAGCACAGAGAUACUGAAGAAAUUGAUGACAACAAAUGAAAUUCAGAGUAACAUUUAUACAUGAUUCCGGAGAUAGUUUUGUAAAGUGUAUUACCAUCCAUUCCUUCAAGGGGAGCAGGGUGUAUGGGUUUGUUGGUUAUUAUUUUUUUUUCCCCCAAGGGCGUAUUUUGUGGAUGUACAAACAGAAUAAACUUAUUUUAAAUUCA